CGUCCCUGUUCCCAAAUCUCUCCUUUCGGUGGGUUUUCAUACCCCCCCCCCGACCCCCGAAGACGCCAUCCUCGUCCUCGUCGCAUGAUUCGCUUUCUUUCCCGGAUCCCCGUUCGUUGUCCUAAUGGUGUGAGGAUGACACGGAACCCGGCGCCGGCGGCGGAGAGGAGGCAGAAGCGGAAGCUGUCGAACCGGGAGUCGGCGAGGCGGUCGCGCAUGAGGAAGCAGCAGCGGUUGGAGUACCUGACCAGCACGGUGGUGCAGAUGAGGGACGAGAAGGCGCGGAUGGCCGAGCUGGCCGCCGGGGUGACCCAGCAGCGGCGGCUGCUGGAGUCGGAGAACAGCGCGCUCAGGGCGCAGGCGGUGGAGUUCGCCGAGAGGCUGCAGUCGCUGAGCUCGGUGCUCCGCCUGGUGGACGACGUCCGCGGGGCGGCCAUGGAGGACGUGUCGGAGAUCCCGCCGCCUGUUCCUGGGCUGUGGCAGUCCCCUCGCCCGGGCGUGCCCAUCUUGGCCUCGGCGGACGUGUUUGAGUGCUGCUGAGCUUACUUUGGAUUGUCUUUAUCGAUCCUCUCUUCCAUUUCUGAGUGCAGUUAGUACUUGAGAUAGGUUUCGUUGAUUUCACAAAGUUGACCUUGUUGACA